AUGCUAAACUCUAUUAUCUAUUUAUUAGCCAUUACUUUGUUGGUCGCCRUCCACUCGGCCAAUGGUUACGGAUCGGGUGGUGGAGGAGGACUGGGAGGUGGUUAUGGUGGCGGCGCUGCCCURUUAUUGAGCGCCGGUGGUUACGGUGGUGGUGGUGGCGGUGGAUACGGUAGCGGUGGCCGAAUCAAUGCCGCUGUCCRCAGCAGCCGACACGUCGAUAGCUAUCCCGUCCAAAGCAACUACGGCUACAGUGAACCGGCUGUUGUAGACAUUGAUUCAGGCGAUCAACCAGUAGUAUUGAAUUUCAAYUCCCGUUCCUCGACGUUGAUUGCCCGACAAAAUCAUCGGGGAUCGCCCGGUUCUAUACAGUCAACCCAGUCAGUGGAUGAACCCCAUCGAUUGAUACAUACAGUUACCCGACCGGUUAUCCARGAGAUCMGGGAAAUUAUUGCCCCCCAACGUAAUGUUGUUCAAGAGGUUCGRCCAGUUAUCGAAAAUGUUAGGACAGUAGUAGCCAGAGGACAGGGAUGUAGGAGGCAAUGGUGGAGGAGGUGCUGRMGGUCUGGGAGGUGGUUUCGGYGGAGGAYUCGGUGGUGGUCUGGGGGAGGCGGAYUUGGAGGUGGUUUCGGUGGUCUGGGCGGUGGAUUCGGUGGUGGAUUUGGUGGCCGAUUAGGYGGUGGUGGUGGUGGUAGAGKUCUCGGACUUGGUUUAGGCGGYGCCGGCAGAGGACACGGAGGCGGUCUAUUGCUGGGCAGUCUCGGUGGUGGUGGUGGUGGCUAUGGCGGUGCCUACUAA